AUGGAUCUCCAGCAGAAAGAAAUCGACCGAGUUCUGUAUCUCCGUCGUAUCUCGCAGGCUCGGUCCUGCUAUCCGUGUCGCCAGCGCAAGGUCAAGUGCGAUCACAGCCAGCCGUGCCAGACAUGCCGGAAACGAGGCCAUCCCGAGAUCUGCUCGUACAAUGUGGGCACUCCCGAGAAGAGGCGCGGGCGGCGUGCCAAAGCAGCGGCUGUAAGCUCAGCGUCUCAGAGAGCUGCUCAAAGAAGGGAAUCUGAGCCCGAGCCCGAGCCAGAGCCAGAGUCAUCACGACGGAAUGAUGAUGCUGGUGCUGAUGGCCAUGAGUCUGAGCCGUCUCUCACUCAUACGCCGUCUUCUCUUGCUACAUCACAGACGUCAAACUCGAUACUAUUUACGAGAUCUGCAGACCCUGCGGCUGCUGGUUGUCAUCCGCCCCGUAAAGAGCUCUAUCAAGGAGGCAAGAUGAGGCGCAAGGCUGGGCCAGUCCUUGGCUUACACAAUACCCUCGAAUUCUAUCCUUUUAUGAAACUCAAGACAUGGCAGGAGAGAUGGGUGGCGUUGCUGAAGGUGAUUCCACAGAAACAAGAAGUGUUACGAUAUUUCCCCUCACACGGAGCCACGAUAUAUCCCCUGAACCCUGUCAUGCUAGAUCCUGACGAUCUAGAGUCUGCUUUCUGCGAGUAUCUCGCCGCCCUGGAAGCUGGUGAGCUUCGUAGUCCCGACGUGCCGUCUUCGAAAUGGGUCUGCAAAGCCUAUAUAUCCAGAAUUGCUUUGCUGCUGGCCGCACUUGCUACUAGCGCCCAUUACUCGGUGAUGCAAUCUCCGAAGAAGCGGUCGGAGCAUUGCCUUGACUUUGUACAACGCGCAUUUGACGCUCUACGUCUGGCCAAUUAUGUCUUACAUCCAUCAAUCGAUGGGGUCCAUACCUUGCUCAUCAUCGGAACUGUUCUCCAGGAUGUCGGACAGUCGGAUGGUGCGUGGGUCAUGAUGGGCACCACAGUCCGGGCAGCGCAGGCUUUGGGCUUGCACACGCAAAAUGCGUCUCAGCAGUCUGAUGAUGGGGCAAAGAAGAAACAGGCCCUUUGGGACGCCAUUUGCAGACAGGACUGCUUGCUUAGCCUGUGCCAUGGCCGGCCAAACAUUACAUCCAAACAAUCCUUUGCGACAGAAAACAUUCUUGAAAAUCCUAAUCAACCACUAGGCUUUCCGGAGAUGAUGUGUAGCAUUGUUGCAGUAACUUCCAGCCUUUUGGAACUAAACCAGCCAAGUUGUGAGGCAUCAAUGAAGCUACUGGCCGAGUUGGACGGAUACCGAUCACGGGCUGCACCGUAUCUACAGUGCCGAGAGAAAUGCACAAACAUCCAGCAACGCUACGAGAGCCUCACCAUAGAGAUCCAGCUGUUCUUUGUAGUCUCGGUUUUGUGCCGUCCCGCACUAACAAAAUCUGCUCUUACCGAGAAUGAGCCUGACGUUGUUCGAGCUCUCAGGGCUCAGGCCAAGGAGAGCUUGAUGAGUACGGCAAAGGCGUUCAUUGAUUUCCAGGCGGUGAGCAUUAUUCCCAUUCGGACUUGGUCUUUGAUCCAUUCAGUCCUGGGAGCCACCAUUCUACUCUGUCUGUGGGAAGAAACGCGGUGUGACCAGGAGAGUCGAGAUGUGCUGCAGCGAGUCAUGGAAAUCUUCUCCCGGGCAGCGCAGGCAGACGACGAGACUGGCAUGAUGGUUGAUGCGUCGGGAAACAACAAUUGGCUGUCCAUGAACCACACCAGGGCAUUGGUGGCUCUGCAAAACGCCAUACAGAAAGCUCCUUGUGGUUCGUCAUCUCCUGAACGACAAGAGGCAGACAAUGUAGUGCAGCAGAAUCAGUCUUUGCCGAGAGGGCAGGACGCAGCUCCAAUAGAUCCGGUGAUGGAGACGGUGAUGGGUUACAAUUUUACCGCCAUGCUGGGCGAAAGUGGGUCAAUGGACGAAUACAUGUAUCCCUGGGACACGUCGGGCCUAUCGCCUCUGAUGUAUCUCGACUCGAUUAUGAAAGCGCCAUAUGAGUUCGUGGAUGAAUUUUGA